GCUUCCUCCACGGCCGUGAAGAGUCCAGUGGCUCCCACCCUAUUCAGCACCCCACUAGGAGUCGGUGAGCAUGGAGGCAGCGCGCCCUCCGUCGACGGCGGGGAAGUUCGUGGUGGUCGGCGGCGGCAUCGCGGGCGUCACCUGCGCGGAGCAGUUGGCUAUUCAGUUUCCAUCAGAAGAUAUUCUCCUGGUAACAGCUUCCCCUGUUGUUAAAGCAGUUACAAAUUUCAGGCAGGUUUCUAAAAUAUUGGAAGAAUUUGAUGUUGAAGAACAACCAAGUACCAUGUUAGAAAAUCGCUUUCCCAACAUUAAGGUUAUAGAAUCUGGAGUAAAGCAACUGAAGAGCAAAGAACACUGCAUUUUAACAGAAGAUGGCAGUCAGUAUGUAUAUAAGAAACUCUGUCUGUGUGCUGGAGCUAAACCAAAGUUGAUAUGUGAAGGAAAUCCUUAUAUAUUAGGAAUCCGUGAUACAGACAGUGCUCAGGAAUUUCAGAAACAGCUUACGAAAGCUAAAAGAAUAAUGAUCAUAGGGAACGGUGGUAUUGCACUUGAGUUAGUAUAUGAAAUCGAAGGCUGUGAAGUGAUUUGGGCCAUUAAAGAUAAAGCCAUUGGGAAUACUUUCUUCGAUGCAGGAGCAGCUGAAUUCUUGACUUCAAAGCUCGUUGCUGAAAAAUCAGAGGCUAACAUUGCACAGAAAAGAACCCGAUACACAGCUGAAAGAAAGAAAAAGGAAUCAAGAACCAAAGCUAAAGCUGAUAAUGUAGGCAGUGCCUUGGGACCAGAUUGGCAUGAAGGCUUGAAUCUUAAAGGAACAAAAGAAGUAUGUUUUCAUAUACUGAUUAAACAUGUCUAAAUGUGAUUUUAAAUUCUUGAACCAUUUGUUAAAGAAACGUUACAAAUUCUACCUUCUUUUUAACUCUCCAGGGGUAGAGAUCACCAUACACAGACUAUAACCUGCCCUAAAGAAAUGUGGCCUAUAUAUGUGGAAUUGACCAAUGAAAAGAUUUAUGGCUGUGAUUUCAUUGUCAGUGCUACCGGAGUUACACCAAAUACAGAACCUUUUCUCCACAAUAACAGUUUUGAUCUAGGAGAAGAUGGUGGCCUGAAAGUGAAUGAUCAUAUGCAAACGUCCCUUCCUGAUAUCUAUGCUGCAGGUGACAUCUGCACUGCAUCUUGGCAGCUUGGCCCAUUCUGGCAGCAGAUGAGGCUGUGGACCCAGGCCAGACAGAUGGGAUGGUAUGCAUUUUUUAACUAUAAGGUUGUAUUGCUGGGAAAAUACAAUGCACAGGGCUUAGGUUCAGAUCAUGAAUUAAUGCUGAGAUGUACCAGAGGACAAGAAUACGUCAAAGUCGUCAUGCAAAAUGGGCGAAUGAUGGGAGCUGUCUUAAUUGGUGAAACUGACUUAGAAGAAACAUUUGAAAACUUAAUUUUAAACCAAAUGAAUCUUUCAUCAUAUGGAGAAGAUCUGCUAGAUCCAAAUAUUGAUAUAGAAGAUUAUUUUGACUAAAAAGAAUUUCUUCAAAAACCACAUAAAGUUCCAAAUGAGACAAAAAAAAAAAACCUCAUGUCAAUAAAAUUAUUUGACUGCAGUGAUUUAAUGAUGACCAUAUUGAAGUUAAAAACGCAACAGUGAUAAUGAUUUUAGUUGAAAAGUGUAAAAAAAUAAAAUUCUAAGGAUGAAA